AUGCGUUUAUUUGCUCAUCGUCGACGAGCAGGCGUUGCGCUGGAACAUGUUCCCAGACGUUGGAAGCAGCAGGAGCUCGCCGCGGCGACGCCCACGCAGCGCAACUGGCGCGGCAUCCUCAUCGCGCUGCUGGUCAUCGCCGCCGUUCUGGGGCUGAUCGUGUUCAGCAUCGCUCUGCUCACGCCCGCCGGCGACGGGGGCAGGGUGAGGGGGCGGCGGCCGACCCUCGGCGAGGUGCUGGCGGAGCACUACAGGCCGUUCAACGGGACCUGGCUGUCGGGUGAGUGGGAGAGUCGUUCGAAAAGGCGCCUUUGCGGGGAAAGAUUAAAGCUC